ACCCUCUUUCCCCUCCCUUUUGCCUAUUCCCUUCUCUCCUAUCCUCUCUCUUAGUCUGGGAUACUCUUUGGCAAAUAGAGCAUGACUGUUCAUGCUGUGCAUCUGCCACUGAUCUGAGACCUGUGAGGAGAGACACCUCAACACGACCCCAAAAGGACCGCAGACCUGGGAUCAGGACUUAAAGCGCAUAUCUCCAGGCCAGGAGGGGUGAAAACCGAGUGAGAGGGAAAGAGGGAGGAAUAGAAAGAGACAGAACGCACUCAACUCAGUGGUAGUAUGGAAAUGGAGAGGCUGGGGAGAGAAGGAUCCAAAGCGAGCGCGGGCCCCAACACUCUCCUGAAAGCCACACUAGCAGUGUGUGUGUGUGUCUGCAUUGCACUACUGAUAGCUGUCAUCACGGUUGUUGAGGACUGCCUGCAUAUUUGCGUAUCACACAAGGCAAGCAAUGAUGACUUCUGCCUCACACCACAUUGUAUCGAAGCAGCCGGUUCAAUCUUGAGUAAGAUAGAUCAGUCAGUAGAACCAUGUGAUGAUUUCUACCAGUACGCAUGUGGAGGCUGGCUCCGGGACAACCCCAUUCCAGAAGACACAUCCAGCUAUGGAAUUUACCCAUGGCUCAGACAGAAUGUAGACCUCAAGCUGAAAGAGUUGUUAGAGCAGCCCAUCGGAGGAGAUGACAUAGAGGCAGUGAAGAAGGCCAAAGUCCUCUACAUGUCCUGCAUGAAUGAAUCUGCUCUGGAGAUUGUGGAUGCAAUACCUCUGCUGAAGAAUCUAAAGCUGAAGGAAUUCCGCUGGCCGGUCUUAGACGAUGCCUUGGGCUUUUCCUCGCGGUGGGUGGAGUCUCAGUUUAACUUGCUGGAGACACUGGCGCAGAUACGCAGUCAGCACAGCAAGUCCGUCCUUAUUCGGCUUUAUGUCUCUCCUGAUGACAAGAACUCAAACCAGUACAUCAUCAAGCUGGAUCAGGCCUUUUUGUCACUGUCAUCCAGAGAAGAUUACAUCACCAACACAACUGAGGCACAAAUGUACCGAGAAGCUCUUUUAAGGUUGAUGGUUGAUGUUUCUGUCAUGCUGGGAGCCAAUGAGCUGGAUGCUGAGGUUCAGAUGAAACCAGUACUUGACUUUGAAAUCCAACUUGCACAGAUUGUGAUCCCCUAUGAGAACCGCACCAGUGAGAACAUGUACAACAAGUACAGCUUGUCCAAACUGCAGCGCACUGUUCCAGAUUUUAACUGGCUGGGUUUUGUCAGAGCAGUAAUUGACACUGAGCUGUAUCCAGAUCUGAAAAUCUCCUCUUCAGAGCAGGUGAUCGUACGUGCCCCACAAUACUUUAAAGACCUCUUCAAACUCAUCAACGCCACAGAAACCAGGACAGUUGCCAAUUACGUCAUAUGGAGAUCAGUUUUUUCCAGAAUCACCACCUUGAGUCGACGCUUUCUCUACAGAUACCUGGACUUUGCUCGGGUUACCACAGGGACCACCUCUCUGACCCCUCGCUGGGACAAGUGUGUGAAUUAUGUAGAAAACACACUCAUCUAUGCCACCGGCAGGCUCUUUGUCGAUAAGCAUUUCCAAGAGGACAAGAAACACAUGAUGGAGGAAUUGAUAAAUGCUAUCCGAUGGGCAUUUAUUGACAUACUUGAGAAGGAGAAUGACUGGAUGGAUAAAGAAACAAAGAGAAAAGCAACAGAAAAGGCUCAUGCAGUCUUGGCGAAAGUGGGUUACCCAGACUUCAUCUUAAAUGACACUUAUAUUAAUGAGGACCUCAAACAAUUGGCGUUCACUGAGACAGACUAUUUUGGGAAUGUCAUGCAGACCCUGAAGUUCAUAUCUCAGUCUGACAUCGGCUGGCUGAGGAAAACAGUCCCACGCACAGAGUGGUUCACCAACCCAACAACAGUAAAUGCGUUUUACAGCUCCUCUACAAACCAGAUCAGAUUCCCUGCGGGAGAACUUCAGAAGCCAUUUUUCUGGGGACUUGACUACCCUCGAUCCUUGAGCUAUGGAGCGAUCGGAGUAAUUGUGGGGCAUGAAUUGACCCAUGGCUUUGAUAACAAUGGCAGAAAAUAUGACAAAGAUGGGAACCUGGACCAGUGGUGGAGCAACUCCUCAAUCACCCGCUUCACCGAAAAGGCACAAUGCAUGAUUGACCAGUACAACAGUUACCACUGGAAAGAGGCGGGGCUAAAUGUCAAGGGGAAGAGGACUCUGGCAGAGAACAUUGCUGACAAUGGAGGGAUAGAGAGGAAAUCAAUGCAAAUGUCCUUUUUUUCUAUUUUCACAUGA